UUCCUCAAUCUAUCGUUUUCUUUAUUUUUCCUUGUUCUUUACUUUACCGCAAACCCUACAAUCGGAGCUGAUCUCAAGGCAAGCUUGAGACGUCCGCCGUUCUUCUUCUCAUCGUCGACUCUGCGUCGUCGAUCAAGACUCGUUGAGGGGAUUACCCUUAACAAUUGGUGCUUUCAUUGUUGAUCUCAUGUCGGAUUGUCAAUCAUUCGGGGGUCAGACGGAAGCCAUGUACUCCCUACCCGCUGUCACGGACCCGAUACUAUCACCCACGGUGGAGUCGCCCUCCAUAGAUCCGAUUAGGGUUCUGUUCGAACAGGUGAUGGCAGGUUUAGCGAGAGUGGAGACACGCAUGGACGACUACGAUCGCCGCCCGUCUUCUCUCCACAAGCUACGACCGGAACCGGAGCCGCCACACAGUCGCGCGACCCCUCGUUCACUGGAGGUCGUCUUGCCGUUUACUCCGCCUUUCGCCGCGGUAUCCGUCGCUAUGCCGCCACUACCGACGACCGCCCCCUGUUUGAGCCGCACCGAGGGGUUUCUUCCUAACCCUAAUUGCGCAACAGGAUCGCUUCGACCAGGGUUCGACCAGCCGCAAUCAGUGUGGGAACCGCCGCCCACGUCGCGGCCACAGCGCUCGUCGUGGGAUCUGCCGCCCACGUCGGGAUCACAGCAGGCAGCACCAUGGGAUUUGCACCCCUCUUCACACGCACAACACUCGUCGUGGGAUCUGCCGCCCACGUCGCGAGCACAGCAGACAGCGCCGUGGGUUAUGCCCCCCACAUCGCGUGCUCCCUCGGCAUGGGAUUUGCCUCCCCCGUCGCGCGCACACACUUCGUGGGAUCCACCUCUCCCGUCGCGCGCCCCCACGGCAUGGGAUGCUUUGGGUCCUCGUUUCAGCGAUCAUCAAACUCACGGAGGAAGGUCGUCCUGGGACCCACCAGAGCAGCAGCACACCUACUGGGAACAACACCACGAGCCCGUGCUUGACCAACCACUACUGCAACGUUGGCCCGCCUAUUGCCAUCCACCGAGCCACCACGGUUCAACAGCACCGAUGCCUGCUACUCAGGCACCAGCCCCGAUCUCCCUGCCGCGCGGCCCAGAUAUAAGACAGGGUCCCAUUGAGGAAGUUGAGAAGGUAAUUGUAUAUGUGGAUCUGCAUCUCAGCAAUGUUGCAAGCAUUGUUCACCAUUCAACAAGGGUCGACGCCGAUGCUCGGUUAAUCCCUCCGUGCAAGGACACGCCGUCACCACAGUCGUGUUUGGGAAUUCAAGGAUGUUUAGACAAGUUCUCUGUUUUGGGGCUGAACAAUAGGAAGCACGAUAUGGAUAGACAUAAGUCACCAUUCACUCUCGCAAAAGCCACACACCAUGGUUCAUCCAAUCUUCAAUUUGGGUUGCAAGGGGUGCAUGAUUUACAGUCUGCUACAGAUGCGGGUGGUAGGCUAUUGGAGUUAGAUACGAGUUGUAAAUGUCUGCCUAAGGAGACGACCGAGAGCAUUGCUAAUGCGGGAUUGAAAGCAGGGGAUGUCAUGUCGGAGUUAGACGUUUCUCGACUUUCCUUUCCCAAGUAUGAAUUGGCAUAUGUGUUGGAUGAUGUCAGGCAGCUAGCAAAGGUGGUUUCUGUGGUUCAAGAAGUUGAUUGUGUCAAGCAAGAGGCAACGAGCAUUUACCUUCUCAGAUGUUUUCAGAAGACACCACCUCCUGUUCUAGUACUGUGUGAGCACGAAACAGGUGAAGAUUUUGUUGUUAAAUGGAGCUAUAAGGCCGACGAGGCAGAUUGGGAGUCAUGCAAAUAUAGCUGUUCUAACUUGUUGGUGGAGAAUCAUACUCACACUUUUGUCAAAACAGUUGGCGAACUUGAUUUCAGCUUUCCAAUUGGAGCACCACUUCUGAUGAGCGCAUUCUUGAUACCAAUGCAACUGGAGCCUUUCGGCAAAGCAAAGCUUCUGUUCGUGACGCUCAUCGUUAUGUCGUGGUUCCCACCUUGAGGACAAGGUGGAUUUUAACAGAGGGGGAGUUGAUACGAGAAUAUCUCUA